AUGAUCAACAUAGCGGGCGUGAUCUCCAUCGUGCUCUUCUACGUGCUGAUCCUGGCGGUGGGCAUCUGGGCGGGGCGCAAGAAGCCAGCAGGCAAUGACUCGGAGGAGGAGGUCAUGCUGGCUGGGCGGUCCAUUGGACUCUUCGUCGGAAUAUUUACCAUGACUGCGACGUGGGUGGGCGGCGGCUACAUCAACGGCACGGCCGAGGCUAUCUACACGUCGGGGCUGGUCUGGUGCCAGGCACCCUUCGGAUAUGCCCUGUCACUCGUUUUCGGCGGAAUAUUCUUCGCGAACCCGAUGCGCAAGCAGGGCUACGUGACGAUGCUGGACCCGCUGCAGGACUCCUUCGGCAGCCGCAUGGGGGGGCUGCUGUUCCUGCCCGCACUCUGCGGGGAAGUCUUCUGGGCAGCCGGUAUACUUGCAGCACUGGGUGCAACGCUGGCAGUGAUCAUCGACAUGGACCAACGCACCUCGGUGAUAUUCUCCGCGUGUGUGGCCGUCUUCUACACGCUGUUCGGGGGCCUGUACUCCGUCGCGUAUACUGACGUCAUACAACUGUUCUGCAUCUUCAUCGGUCUGUGGAUGUGCAUACCGUUCGCGUGGGCCAACGAGCACGUGAAGCCACUCAGCUCCAUGGAGGUGGACUGGAUCGGCAAGGUGGAGUCCAACUACUACUGGUUCUACAUCGACUACGGACUGCUGCUCGUCUUCGGAGGGAUCCCGUGGCAGGUAUACUUCCAACGCGUGCUGAGCAGUAAGACGGCCGGGCGUGCUCAGAUCCUGUCGUACGUGGCCGCCUUUGGCUGCAUCAUCAUGGCCAUCCCACCAGUACUCAUUGGAGCCAUCGCCAAGGGCACUGCGUGGAAUGAGACGGACUACCGCGGCGAGCUGACAGCUGACGGCGAGCUGACGUCAGAUCAGACAUCAAUGAUCCUGCCUCUGGUGCUGCAGCAUCUGACGCCAGACUUCGUGUCCUUCUUCGGGCUGGGAGCUGUUUCCGCAGCCGUCAUGUCGUCAGCAGACUCCAGCGUGCUCAGUGCCAGUUCUAUGUUCGCCAGGAACGUGUACAAGCUGAUCUUCCGGCAGAAUGCGUCGGAGAUGGAGAUCAUCUGGGUAAUGCGCGUCUCCAUCCUGGUGGUGGGCGCGCUCGCCACGCUCAUGGCGCUCACCAUCCCAUCCAUAUACGGACUCUGGUCGAUGUGCUCGGACCUGGUGUACGUGAUCCUGUUCCCGCAACUGCUGAUGGUGGUCCACUUCAAGAAGCACUGCAACACGUACGGGUCACUCGCUGCGUACAUAGUGGCGCUGCUGGUGCGGCUGUCUGGCGGUGAGAAGCUGCUGGGGCUGCCUGCCUUCAUCCACUACCCUGGCUGGGAUGCCGAGAACGAGGUGCAGCUGUUCCCCUUCAGGACCAUGGCAAUGGCACUAUCGUUGUUCACGCUGGCUUUCAUCUCCUGGCUGUCAGUGUUCCUGUUCAACGGCGGCUACCUGAGCCCCGAGUCCGACUACUUCAACUGUGUUGUGAACAUCCCUGAAGACAUUCGUCGCGUCGACGAGCCUUCGGAAGCCGGCGAGCAGAUGUCGGUGCUGGGAGGAGUACCAGGUAGGCUGUACGGGGCUGCUUCCACACUGGUGGGGCCCGACGAGAAGUGCGGCCGCAUCAACCCCGCGCUGGAGCCCGACGACGACGACCUGGACGACCCCAACGACGGGCCCACCCCACUGUUCGGCAGCAGCAGCGCGCCCCCGCCCGUGCAGCCCUUCGGCAAGCAAACGGCUUUCUGA